AUGGCCACCAAUGUCCUAAAGUGGAAUCCCGGCGACCCCGUGCCUUACAACGGCGGCAAAGACCUCACCCGAUACGACUUCCCGGACGGCUUUCUCUUUGGUGGUGCUACCGCUUCUUAUCAAGUGGAAGGAGCUUAUGAUAAGGAUCGCAGGGGAGUGUCUAACUGGGAUGAUUGGAGCCUUAUGCACCCUGGUAAAGUAGCUGAAGGCGGCAACGGAACUCUUGCGAUCGAUCACUACAAUCGCGUCAAGGAAGAUAUCAGACUGCUGAAACAGACCGGAUUAGAUACUUACCGGUUUUCCAUUUCAUGGUGUAGAAUACUCCCAGGUGGAAAAUUUAGCACUGGAGUCAACCCAGAUGGCAUCAAGUUCUACAGUGAUCUCAUUGACUUGCUAAUCAAAGAAAAGAUUGAGCCAAUUGUUACUAUCUUCCACUUUGAGGUCCCCAAGUGUUUAGGGGAUGAGUACGGAGGCUUCUUGAACCGCAGAAUUGUGGAUGACUAUGCCAAGUAUGCUGAAGUGUGCUUUCAGGCAUUCGGUGAUCGGGUCAAAAUUUGGACGACGAUAAACGAGCCGAGCACAUUCACGACCCUUGGAUACGUGAACGCCUCAUUUCCCCCGGGCCACGGGACCCCACCCGACGAACUCCCACACAAAGUUGUACUACACAGAUGUCACCCGGACACCGACAAAACUUGCCACAGCACCGGGAAUGAAGCUACCGAGCCCUACAUCGUGGCUCACCAUUUGAUUCUCGCUCACGCUACGGCUGUUCGUAUUUAUCGCGAAAAGUAUCAGGCUGUCCAAGGAGGGAAGAUAGGCAUUGUGGUUGUUCCCAACAGUUGGUACUUUCCAUACUCUGACAAGAAGGAAGAUAAAGAAGCCUGUGAAAGAGCCAUUGAAUUUUUGCUGGGAUGGUUUGUCCAGCCACUAGUGAGCGGCGAGUAUCCGGAAAGCAUGCAAAAGCGCGUGAAGGAACGGUUGCCGAAGUUUUCGGACAAGGAGAAAGAGAUGGUAACUGGGUCGUAUGAUUAUAUUGGGCUCAAUUAUUACACGACAAUGUGGGCCCGGUACAGGAAAAAGCAGCCCGAUGACCCAAUAAACUACCAUACAGACCAAGAAGUCGAAUUUCUGGUCAUAUCAUUUAGUUCUUACUUAAAUGUCUAUAUAUAUAUACAGGUUGGUUCAGAGUGGCUGUACUUUGUCCCUAUCGGAAUAUACGAUCUUUUGACUUAUGCAAAGAGAAAAUAUAACGAUCCCGUGAUUUACAUCACUGAGAACGGUUGCAGUGAGAAGAACGUAAAGAAUCUGCCGAUUCACCUCCUUUUGGCGGACGACUUCAGAAUUAAGUACCAUCAGGAACAUCUUGCAUAUCUGAAGCUUGCUAUAGACACAGCGAGGGUGAACGUGAAGGGAUAUGUGGUGUGGUCCAUAUUGGACAACUACGAAUGGGCCGCGGGCUACACGGUUCGAUUCGGCAUGUACUUUGUGGACUACCUGAAUGGGCUUAAUAGGUAUCCCAAGAAGUCGGCCAUUUGGUACAUGAACUUCCUCAACAAAAAGAAGCUUAUGGGACCUAAAGAUAGGGAGGUCGAGGACAUCACUGAAGAGGCGGCGGGGAAAAAGAAACGGAAGUAUUAG